GUUGUCAGCGAACGGCUUCCGCUACUGAAAUCCUGCCAGACCAGUAUUCGGCAUCAGUUCAGCUGUGGCUGUGCGGCAAUAACUUGAAAUCGCUGCCCUCAAGUGGUUCAGGCUCCGUGUGUGAGUGCAUUUUUAAUUAAUUUUUCACAAGACCAUUUUGCAAACAUGAGCUGGCAGGAUUACGUUGACAAACAGCUCUUGGCCACCCGAUGUGUGACCAAAGCGGCCAUCGCGGGCCACGACGGAAAUGUAUGGGCCAAAUCGGAAAACUUUGAUGUUUCAAAAGAAGAGCUGGCAAAAAUCGUGCAAGGCUUCGAGAAGCAAGACAUCCUCACCUCCUCUGGCGUGACGUUAGCCGGAAACAGAUACAUCUACCUUUCUGGCACAGACCGCGUCAUUCGCGCCAAAUUAGGCAAAGUCGGCGUCCACUGCAUGAAAACGGGACAAGCUGUCGUAGUAUCUCUGUACGAAGACCCGAUCCAACCUCAACAAGCGGCGUCAGUAGUGGAGAAGUUAGGAGAUUACUUAAUUGGCUGCGGAUACUAGAGGUAGUGUGGGGCGCUGCGUGACCCAAAAAUCGCCGCGCAGCGACAAAAAUAUUACUAUAAAGUUGUAUUUUUUUUCAUUAAUUGUAACAGCGAAACAGCAAUGUGUAUAUUAUCGAAUGCAUCAUCAUUAAUAUGUAUAAUUAACAUAAAGUUUUUUGAGUAAAAUA